AAGGGAAGUUCACUAAGCUUCCGGUGGCCGGCUGGUGGUGGAGUGAUGGCUAAACAUCAUCCGGAUUUGAUCUUUUGCCGCAAACAGGCUGGUGUUGCCAUCGGGAGACUGUGUGAAAAAUGUGACGGCAAGUGUGUGAUCUGUGACUCCUACGUGCGUCCCUGCACUCUGGUGCGCAUAUGUGAUGAGUGUAAUUAUGGCUCUUACCAAGGGCGCUGUGUGAUCUGUGGAGGCCCUGGAGUCUCUGAUGCCUAUUACUGUAAGGAGUGCACCAUCCAGGAGAAGGAUAGAGAUGGUUGCCCAAAGAUUGUCAAUUUGGGGAGCUCUAAGACAGAUCUCUUCUACGAACGCAAAAAAUACGGCUUCAAGAAAAGGUGAUUGGUGGGUGGCUUCUUCCCCCCACCAAGCUGCUACAGCUGCCAGAAAAGACGCCUACACCGCCGGCAGAGAGGGAGCGGCGCACAGAGCACCGCCCGAGCGCCUGUCAGCACGCUGGCACCUCUCCACCUCUCCCCUUACCCAGACACGUGGUGGGGACGGAAAAGAAGUCUUCACAGAGCACUCUGGCAGAUGAUGGCAGGGAACAAUUGGUAGAUCGGUCCACGAGUUCUCUCGAAUUCAAGAAACAAGCCUCUGGUUUCCAAAUUGCUAUCUUCCCUCUAGACCAAUGGCUUCUGAAACAGGAAUCCCAUCACUUCAGUCUCUCGUGUGAGGAAUUGCCCGCGAAGCACCUGCAGUGUGUGCGCGCCGCUCGCCACGCCCCGUGUGGGCGGUCAAGCUUGCAGCACUCAGCGCGUGGCGCCUGUUCGUGUUCUUCUAAGAACUUGGAAACCCUUUCUGUUGCUGUUGUAUUAAUAAACAGGUGUGUCUUUUCUGGUACUCAG